CCGGUUGUUUCGCGGGAAGCCGGACUGCCUGCUGGGGUCUCACUUCUCAGGAAGCAUUUCCGGCAUCAGGGAGCAGAGGCUUGUAAGAAGAAAACUUUUUUUCUCUGCUGCACGGCAGCCGGAACUUAAGGAUAAGUCCUUGGCCUUGGCCAACCUGGUAGUGGGAAGAGUUAGAGGGACGAACAAGGAGAGAGGCGUGGCCGGGAGACUUCCGAGAGAGCGCCGGAAGUACAGUGUCCCACUCAGGCCGACUCGCGUCGCCCUCCUCGCCGUCGGGCUUGUAAGAGUCGGACGCGAAUCGAGACGCCCGAGACCUGAGUCCAAGCCGACUCCACCGUCGUGACCGCCGACAAGUCCUUUUUCUGCGCUUUCUUUGGCUCAGGCUGCGAAGUGAAUCGUGGACGAGCCGAUCUCAUUGUCCAGCCUGGAGAACGGGGUGGUUCAGGCAGCGCGCGUGGGAUUCGAGGGCCAAAAAUAAAAGGCCCCUCCCCAUAUUCAGAACAGUCCUGGGUUCUGAGCCUGCCAUCCAAGAAACUCAGGAGGAGCUGACAGUGCCUGCAUCCCCCACCGCCCUGAGACAAGAACCAGCAUGUCUCAGGCCACCAAGAGGAAGCAUGUGGUGAAGGAGGUGCUGGGGGAGCACAUGGUGCCCUCCGACCAGCAGCAGAUCGUGAGGGUACUCAGGACCCCAGGGAACAAUCUGCAUGAGGUGGAGACAGCCCAGGGGCAGCGCUUCCUAGUGAGCAUGCCCUCCAAAUACCGCAAGAACAUCUGGAUCAAAAGAGGGGACUUUCUCAUUGUUGACCCUAUUGAAGAGGGAGAAAAGGUGAAAGCUGAGAUCUCCUUUGUGCUCUGCAAAGAUCACGUGCGCUCUCUGCAGAAGGAGGGGCUCUGGCCCGAGGCCUUCUCUGAUGUGGCUGAGAAACACAACAGUAACCGAAACAGACAGACUCAGCCAGAACUCGCAGCUGAGCCACAGUCAUCAGGAGAAGAGUCCAGCUCUGAAGAUGAUUCUGACCUAUUUGUUAACACCAACCGCAGACAGUAUCAUGAGAGUGAGGAGGAGAGUGAAGAGGAGGAGGCAGCCUGAGACCCCAGGGCCCACGUCUCCUCUUGCUGAGAGACUAGUCCUUGGCUCCUUUGAGCUCAGACAUUCCCAGGGUGCUCUGCGGAUCUUUCCCCCUGGAUGGGGACAAGGCAGGGCCCUUCUACGAACUGACUUUCUGACAUCGGAGAAUUAAACCCCUGGUGGGUGGUGACUUA